UGUACUCCGCAGUAUAUAGAUCUACUGAUUGAUAUACAACAUAAAUCUCUGGAUCUUAAUUUCAAAAUGAAAGGCACCUUAGUUGCUUGCUGUCUUCUAAUCUUGAGCAUGCUUUUAGGGGUACAAGCUUUCCACACCAAUACAAGAUGUGAAGCAAGACAUCGCGAUCUCCUUCAGGAAACUGCCUCCUUUGGAAAAGAAUGUGGAGACACCAAAUUCUAUGACUGCUGUGCUGGAAGAGUGCUUUCAAAGGUGUACCAUGACUACUAUCACACCCCUGACAUGUACCAAGUUCAAAGCAGCUGCAAUGCUUCUAUAGAUCCAUUCCAAACAUCCAGUCGCUCCCGAUUGGCUCGUUGUGAUAUGAAGUCAGACAAUGAUGGUUGGAUGGUUGUUUUCAGAAGAGAUUCAUCUGUUUCUCCUCGAGUUAAUUUUGAUCGUACCUGGAAAGAUUAUGAGAAUGGAUUUGGAGACCUAGAAACUGAAUUUUGGUACGGCUUAAAAGAGAUGCAUUGUCUAACACAAAAAGAAGUUGAAAUGAGAAUCGAUCUGACAGCUACUAACGGAACCAAGUUCCAUUGGACCUACGGCUUGUUCACGAUUGAUGAACCGGAGACAAACUACACCCUCCACAUUGGAGAAGCUGUAGGCUCUCCCGGUACACAUGCUUCUGAUGCUCUUACGGGGAAUAUCAAUCAGGUUGGUAAAAGACCUCUACAGUUUACUACUGAAGAUAGGAAUAAUGAUAUAUACAGUGGCAACUGUGCACAGCUUUAUUCUAGUGGAUGGUGGUGGGCUAGAUGUGGUGGUGUCCUGUUUUACGGAAACUUUAAUACUAUGCAAUGGUAUGAAAUGAAUGCACAUGUAGCUAUCUCUUUCGUUGAGAUGAAGGUUCGUCCUAAAAGCUGUGACAUACUGGCUUAGACUAUUGAUUGUUCGAUCGUAUGUUGCCAAUUGUUUUCGCAGUAAUUAUUUGUGUGCAAAAUGGUCUUACAAUAUCUUUUUUUCUAUAAUUGUCACAGUAGUAAAAAACUAUCUCACAAUUAUUUUUAUAAUCUAGGUUUAGCUACCUCCA